CGGGCAUCGGCCGCUUUCUGUGCAAGCGGACAAGACCUCCGUCACGAAACAGGACAAUCGUGGAUCUUGACUGUGUCUCCUCCUCCUCCUCCUCCUCCCUAAAGCUCCGCCUCUAACGCAGUCAGUCGCCUCCCUCCCGUCUAGAACGUUCGGCCUCUCGUCGCGCGGGGCAAACGGCCGUUUUGUCACUUGCCUGAAACUCCCGUCAAUUUGCUCAUCUACCUUCCCUCCUUCCCAUCCACGCACGUCUCCAUCGCUGAUUACCGUCAGUCAGUCUGUCGGUCGGUCGAGGGCGUAACUCGGAUAAUUAAGCUGCCUCUAGCGCACCAUCGUUACUCUGCCGCUGCUCGAGUCUCCUUGCGCUUCAUCGCAUCGCACAGUCUCGCUUCUGUUCCCGCGGGCUCCGUCAUCGCUCUCGUCGUGCGUUGACGUUGCCCAUCACUGCAGGCAGCCGCAGCAAGCGGGUCAGUUGAGGGGCCGAGAAUUCGAUUGCGGCAUUCGGUCCGACGGAGUGAGCUUGUAGGGAGGGGAGGGAAGGAAGGCUUCGAUUUGGUAUUGAGCGGCCUGGGCUGUUGGAGUUCCGAGAGCUGGUUCGGUGGAAGGAGGAGGAGGAGGGAGUUUUUCAUCUUUGCAAAAUUGCUUUCUUGCAUUUUGAUUACCGUGCUGCGUGCGUGUGCAAGCGCUGCGGGGGCCAGUCGUAAUCUCUCUUUCUCGUGAGCACAUCUUGCCGCCGUUUGGAUGUUGGGUCUCGCAUUGCGGGGGAUCAUUGGCUUUUUCCGCGUGUAGGAUUUCGGGAGUAUGGCGGAGGAACUCGGGAGGAAAGCAGAUAAAGCAUUUGUGGACGAGGAGUAUGAAACAUCUGUGCAAUUGUACAGCGAUGCCUUACAAUUGAAUCCAUCUGAUGCUGUCCUGUUCGCCAGUCGUGCCCAAGCGUACUUGAAAUUGGACCGCUACAUGGAUGCCAUUUCCGAUACCAAUAAAGCUAUUGAACUUAAUCCAAACUUGCCUAAAGCUUAUCUCCGUAAGGGAGUAGCUUGUUUCAAUUUGGAGGAAUAUCAAACUGCGAAAGCUGCAUUCGAGGCUGGUCUACAGAGGGAUCCGAACAAUCCACAACUGAAAAACAAGAUUCGAGAAUGCGAAGCUAAGUUGAUAGAAGAAGCUUCUGGAGAUCAACAAAGUGGAUUGAAAACGCCUAAGCCAUUGAGUGAAAACCCUACGCCGAUGGAAACUGUCAAGGAUGGUGACGUGGAAGCUACGCCUAUGGAAACUGCAAAUGGCGGGGAAGAGACAGCAUCACCUGCCGCCGUCCAGACUCCUCCCCCUCCUGCUCCACCUAGAUACAGGCAUGAAUUUUAUCAAACAUCAGAUACAGUUGUGGUCACUGUCUUUGCCAAAAACAUUCAAGCGGACCAACUUGAAAUCCAGUUUGGAGAACAAAUUCUCAGUCUUGAAAUCAAAGUAGCUGACGGGGAGACUUACGUACUUCAGAAUCGGUUAUUUGGCAAGAUCAAGCCUACGGAGUGCAAGUACAGUCGUUUGAGUACUAAGGUUGAAAUCAGGCUAGUCAAGGCAGAACCAGUGCAAUGGAAAAAAUUGGAGUAUGAUCCCAAGUUAGCUGAGCUUCCUGCUCCUAAAGCUAAUCCUGAAUCAUCGAAAGGAUAUCCAUCUUCGACGAAGAAGACCAAGGAUUGGGACAAACUUGAAGCGGAGGUCAAGAAGCAGGAGAAGGAUGAGAAACUAGAAGGCGAUGCGGCCUUGAACAAGCUCUUUCAAGAUAUAUACAAGGACGCAGAUGAGGAUACCCGUCGAGCCAUGAACAAAUCAUUCGUGGAAUCGAAUGGUACAGUUCUGUCUACAAACUGGAAAGAGGUUAGUAGCAAACAGGUGGAAAAGAGUCCUCCGAAGGGUAUGGAGGUCAAAAGUUGGGACCAGUGAGUGCUGCGGGAAGGGCUUGGUCCCCUUUUGUACUUGGUUGCUGUUUUUUCUACGUGGAUCCAUAGCCUCUCAGAUGGUGUGAGAUGGAUUCAUUGUAUAUAGAGGCUUGGUUUUUUUUAAGGACCUUGUAUUGUAACUCAUGCGUACGUGUAAAUUCACUGUGGGUGAUACUUCCGCAAGAGAUGACGAUGAAUUGUCGAUGUGGUUAAUCUAUGUGCAUUUGCAUGAGUCAAAAAAGCAGA